AUGACGGACGUUCCUAAGCCCACCCCCGAGUCUCCUUCCAGCGUCCAUGCCAUUGAGGACUCAGAGCUCAAGGGCGGUCAGAGGGACCUGGACAUAAAUGAUCGGGAGAAUGCCGUCGGUUAUAACGAGUACCUCGAGGCUCGCGAUCUUGAGUUUUCAGAUGCCGAGGCCAAGAAACUGCGAUGGAAACUCGAUCUCGUCAUCCUUCCCAUGUUUCUCGUCACCCAAGCGCUUCAGUUCAUGGACAAGACCUCUCUCAACUAUGCCAACCUCUUCGGAUACCAGGAGGCCCUGGGGCUCAAGGGAAACCAGUUCAAUUACCUCUCUGCAAUGGUCUAUGCCGGUUACUUCUUCGGACAGUACCCCUGUGGAUGGCUGAUUGGUCGCUUUCCCGCGCAGAAGGUCAUGGCCAUCAGUGUCUUCUUCUGGGGGCUCAUGGUCAUCCUCAUGACUCAGAGCCGAGACUACUCAAGCGCGCUGGGUGUGCGCUUCAUCAUGGGUAUCUUUGAAGCCGCUGUCACACCCGGUUUGACCCUCAUGACUGGCUUUUGGUAUACUAGACGAGAGAUCCCUCUUCGCCAAUGUAUCUGGUAUUCAUCGCUGGGUUGGGGCGGUAUCGUUGGCUCAUAUAUUUCUAUGGGCGUUUCUAAGCUUCCUGUUAACCUCAAGCCUGAGCGUUGGGAGCUCAUCUUCUUCAUUCUCGGCGGGGCUACAUGUCUCUGGGCAUUUGUCAUCUGGUUCCUGCUCCCCGAUUCUCCCUCAAACGCCAGAUUCCUCAACCAUCGCGAGCGCUUGAUUGCAGUCAAGAGAGUCGCAGCCAACGAAACAGGUAUUAAGAACAAGGCUUUCGACAAGAGCCAGGUUGUCCUUGGCUUCACUGACCCCAAGACCCUGCUCCUCUUUGUCUCGGUCUUUGCUGCUGCCAUUCCCAACGGUGUUGUCAACUCCUUCUCGACCAUCAUCAUCCGAGACAUGGGCUUCAGCACUACCAAAACUACACAGUUGAAGUCAGUCGGAGAUGCUAUCCAGAUCAUUGGUCUCUUCAUCGGUGGAAGCAUCAUUCUCAAUGUCCCAAACUCGCGUCUGCUCACUGCCACGGCUGCUAACAUGAUCUGCACCGUUUCUGCGGCGUGCAUGGCCUAUCUUCCUCGAGAAAAUACCUGGGGUCGGCUUGUAUGUUUCUGGCUGGUCAACACGCAGUCGGUCGGCUUCACCGUGUCCCUGACUACCAUCUCCUCCAACAUGGCUGGAUAUACCCACCGCUCUCUCGCCAGCGCCUUGGUCUUCACGGCCUAUUGCUGGGGCAACUUUGCCGGUCCUUUCGUCGUGAAGAAAUCCCAGGCCCCCCAUUUCACCGGUGCCACAAUUGGACUUCUGGUUGGCUACGCCAUCAAGUUCUGCUGCCAUCUUGGUCUCCUGGUAUACAUGUUCCUUAUCAACAGGCACCGAAACAAGACAUAUGGACCUCCUAACAAGGAGAGGAGUAACGAAGCUGGAAUGAGGGAUCAGACUGAAUUUGAGAACAAGGACUUCCGAUAUGUUCUGUAA